CGACUAUCAAGGCCCUACCUGUUCUCAAACUCUAAUAACUACUAGCUUGCAAUUAUAACUUCUUUGCUGAACGUCUCACCAUGGCCCCCGAGCGGUCGCCUCUGAUGGCCAAACAUGCUGCUAUAGGAGAGUAUGUGCCUGCUGGACCUAGCGACAAACGUAGUCCAUGCCCUAUGAUCAACUCCCUCGCAAAUCAUGGAUACCUUCCUCGCAACGGCCAGAAUAUUCUCGCACACGAGAUUAAAGCCGCGAUGGCAGAAACUGGGGUUUCAGAAGCGCUAGGCGCGAUAUUCGUAAAUGCAGUAUACAAUGUGCACCAAAGUAAGAGCGAAAAGAGCAGAGCCGGAUUGCUGUCUCGUCUGUACACCACAGUCCGCGAUCCUUGGACGCUGCUAUCAAGUUUCGGCAUGCGCAGAUCAGAUCAGAAGGAUAGCGCAGGGAGACCAGUCCUCGACCUGGAUCAACUUGCACUCCCUGGCGCUGUGGAGCACGACAUCUCACUCACAAGGCGAGAUCACGCACAAAAAGAGGGCAACCUUGCGCGGCAGCAUGAUCUCAUUGAGGGACUUCUUGCGACUUCAGCAGACCGCAGGAAAAUCACCAGAACAGAUUUAGCAUGGUUCCGCAGACAACGUAUCGAGACACAGCGUGAAGUCAACCCGGACGUGACUUACGGACCGCUGCAGCAUGAGCUGGCGUGCGGUGAGAUUGCGCUCAUAUUAGGUGUGUUUGGCGAUGGGAGGAGUGCUCCGUAUAAAUUUGUGGAGCCGUUCCUGAGGGAGGAGCGCCUCCCGAUUGCUGAAGGCUGGAAGAAAAGACAGUGGUGGACGCUUGGGGUGGUCGAAGUGAAAAUCAUCGCGAUGAAAGUAAAGAGUCUUGUUGGCACGCAGAUCAAGUAGCACAACGCGAAGUUGUAACGGUUGAGAGGAGAAGCAGAUCACGUGUUGUUGGCGGUGGUCUGGUGCUACUUCCUCAUGUUGUUGAGCACCUCUUACCUCAGCUGCAUCACAAAGACGUCAUCAAAACAGACCCCGCAGCGAGCCUUGGAGAGCAAAGAUGCAAGCAACAGGACAACAACAUAACACAAUACACUCAUUAUAACGUAGAUUAUCACCAAGCCAG